AGCUACAUUACAUAACGCCUCAUGUACAUAUUAAACACUUGUGAUAUAAACUGUGUUGAUGUGAGUCAUGAAGUGGGGAAGCUUCAUGAUAUCUGUUAGUUACAUGUUUCCAUAUUCGCCUGCAGUGUUUCCUUUAACGUAAAGCAAAAAAAAAAUGUGGACAAAGAUAUUUUCUUCGCUGACUUUGAAAGAAGCAAAGGUAUUUAAAUAAGGUAUUUAAUGGUCAGAGAUGUCAGAGAGGACUUUCUAUCCCUGGAGAAGACACAGGCAGCAGGAGCGCCUGGAUGUGGCAGCAGGACAGUCUGACACGGAGGAAGAAGAACUCGCAGCUGGUCUGCAGCAGCUCUCCUGCUGCCCCGCCUGCAGCCAGGGCCGUGACAGCGUCCUGCUCCUGCCGUGCUCUCACACCAUGUGUGCUCACUGUGUCGGCAGCAGCACAGCGAUCCGGUCAGCCUCUCCUCCGUAGCGUCGGCCCUCCCGUCUGCUCUGUGCCGUGUCCGUGCUGUCGACAUCCUGUGGAGCUGCCAUGCUGGAGCUGGUCAGCUGCCACUUCCUGUCUCCCAAAACAUCCCGCCCUGAGUCCUGCAGGUGUCAGCAGGGAGACAGGCACCAGGGAGGGUCACCUUCCACAUGUGCAGGAGUCUGCAGGGGACAUUACAGCACUGAGCUGCUUACACGGCUCCGACGCCGCCUGUUGUUGGACAGCACCAGUGGAAGGCGAUGUCGAGCUGCGGGAGGAGCAGAUGGAGCAGUCUGUGUUCGGACUAUGUUUUGCUCUGGACCCUUCGACUGCCCCUCCAUCACUCCGUCUUUCCAACUCCUCCCUCACCGCCACCUACCACGGACAGAGCCCCCCCGGCCCGCCUCCAGACGCCAGGGUCAGGCGAUCCGUGACCCCUGACCCCGGGGCUAUGCCGGCCCUCCCGCAGGUCUGCGCUGACGCGGUCAUCGCACGAGGACAGUACUACUGGGAGGUGGAUGUGUGUAACAGCUCCGUCUACAGCGUCGGUGUGAGCUCGCUGGAUGCUUCUGCCGGCUGGUGGUUUGAAAGGCGGGGCUUAUCUUUCUGUGCCGUGUAUGAUGGGAGCCGGGAGCCGCUCUGCACUGUCCCGCCUCAGAUCAAAACCAUUGGGGUCUUCCUCAACAUUGGAGGGGGCGCCCUGAGCUUCCACAACCCUCUGACCCAGGAGCACCUCGCCACACUGCCUACGCGCUUCAACCCUGCUGGAGUCGUCCCGGCUCUGGGCCUGGGUCAGGGUCGACUGAGGCUGCGCUGCGGCCUGCCCCCUCCUCCUCAUGUGUUCCUCGGGAAGGACUCGGCCUACAGGGGACCUUGUGGGGCCGCUGGAGGCCGCUGGCACGGGGAGAUUCCCUUCCAGUCAGUGAGGAAAGUGAUCCAGAAGUUUGAGGAGCUGGCUGUGUCCGACUCAGACUCAGGCCUGGUGUCCAGUUCCGGAUCUUCCUGCUCCACCUUGGCUUCCCUCCCAGAGAUGGGGGUCCCCGGGAUGCUUCCCUCUGGGCGAGCUGGACAGGAAGCUGUUGCUGAAUAAGAAACUCUUCAGUGGGAGAGUCAGGAACACACCCACUGCUCCUCCGAGGGGUCAUUUGAAAGGCUAAUGCUUCAUAUUGAAGGACUUGUAGCUGCCUCUCUCUGCGUGACCCCGGACCUGCAAUUGACUCUCUCCCCAGGACACGGCCCCCUCUCCACCAAACAACCCCCACUAGUUUGGGAUCAGGCCAGAAAGAGUGCUCUGUAAUGUGAAGUGUGAGGAGAGGGUGGGCUCCCAGCAGCGGGAGUCCUUGAUGUGUGUGUGUGUGAGGGUUGUUGGACAGUAGGGGUCCUACAGUAGGACUGCGCGCGUUCCCGCGUGUGUGUAUGUGGACACUAGCACGAGCCAGAGUAUGUGUUUGCUCAGUCGCAUUUCGGCAAGCGCGUGAGCAAGAGGGGACAAUGUAUGAGCGGCAGGGGGUGGCGGGACGAGGUGUGAGUACAGUGACACCGGCGGUGUUGACAGAGCGCAGGGGACAGGUGGUAACAUGGUUGAUCCCGCGGCCUGCCUUCGAUAGGACAGUAGGGCUGCCCUUCUCUGACCCUUUGAAAACCACAGGACUCCCGGAGACUUCAAAAGGGGCGACAGAGAGCAGGAGAACACAGAGGGAGAACAGCAUGAACUAAAGACAGCAGGUGAUGAGCUGACAGAAGGAUCCCAACAGAACCUCUGAAUGCAUCGACUGGCUCAGGCUGAGCUGCUACUUUACAUUAGAAGUGAUGAUUACAGAUUAGAAACAUCACAUUAGUUGUCUUGGCUCAAUGACUGGCGGUUGAUGUAUCCUUUAAUACCCCUGUUCUCUGCCUCUCCUCCGGCGUCUCUCCUUCAUUGGCUCGCAGCUCCACACUGCAUGUUAGACACAGAUUCAGUUUGAGUGAUUUUGGCAAAGUGAAAGAAGCUUCUAAACUUUUCCUCAUUUUCUCUUCCCUCCCCAAAGGCUCCAAGCCCCAUGUGAAGAACCAGUGUUGCCUUUCACUUGGCAGGUCCAUGUUCAUAUUCUCCCUGUGAGACCACUUAUGAUUAAGUAACGCAGUCCCUCUGGAGUAAUCCCUUCCAUCCCAUCGUGUCCUCUCUCUGUGUUUCAAAGUUGCAAUCUCCAAGUGUUUAGACAGAUAGUCCGAACUGUGAAUGUCAAGACGGAACAAAAUGUUGGCGUUUAAAGCUAGCAUCCAUUAGUGUUAGCACUGCGGGGGCACUUCUGGGGACGGGGAGCUGCGCCAGUUUUCCACUGAGCGUCAUUCACGUCAUGCAUGAACAAAAUCAGUUAAGCGGCGGGUCAGACUCAGUAAUAACCGAUGAGUCAAGGAGAAGCUUGUCAGACUGUCGCCUCUCAGACCGCUCGUCAGGAUGACUGUGUUGAUGUUUAACGCUCGAGGUAUUUACCGCGCGAGUAGAAAAUGCAUGUGCCGUGACCGCUUUUGGCGGAUCUAUUGGCUUUUAGGAGUAAAGUGUGUGGAAGCAAUUUGACUCUUGUAAACAGAAAUGAGAGGGGCGCGUUCAGAUUUCAAAGA